CUGGGCGGCAGGCAGCAGCAGCAGCAGCAGCAGCAGCACCGUGCCGAGCAGCUCACGGCGGCGCCCCGCAUCCGCCGGCAGCGGCCGCGCCGGGACCGCCAGCUGAGCCGGAUCGCGGCUGGCGGCUCUACCCUACGGCACCGACGCACCGAGCGACGCGUUGCAGCGCCCGGCGCCUUCCUCUCCGAAGGGCGGCGGGGGACCAUGGGCGCCAAGCAGAGCAGCCCCACCGCCGCCAACGGCCGCACCCGGGCGUAUUCGGGCGGGGAUUUACCUUCCUCCAGCGGCGGCGGCGGCGGCGGCGCUAACGGGACCGGCGGGCGGGCGGCGAGCGGGCGCUACCCGCACCUGGCGGCGGCGCCACACGGCGCUCACGGCGGAUCGGCGGCGGCGGCGGCGACGGGGGGCGCGGCGGGCACGGCGCCCCGCAGCAGGUCCCUGGGAGGUGCCGGCGCCGCGGCCCGCGCCGCGCAGUCCGCCUUCAACAUCCCCCACAGCAGCGGCCCCUACGGCUCGCAGGACUCGGUGAGCAGCACCCCGGAGGAGGGCGGCCGGGACCGGCCCGCGGGGGGCGGCGGAUCGGCCGGCGGGCCCCGGCUGGUGAUCGGCUCGCUACCCGCGCACCUCUCGCCGCACCUGUUCGGAGGAUUCAAGUGCCCUGUAUGUUCAAAAUUUGUAUCUUCUGAUGAAAUGGAUUUACAUCUCGUGAUGUGUUUGACAAAGCCAAGGAUAACCUACAAUGAGGAUGUGCUGAGCAAAGAUACUGGGGAGUGUGCAAUAUGCCUGGAAGAGCUGCAGCAGGGAGAUACUAUAGCACGGCUGCCUUGCCUCUGCAUAUAUCAUAAAGGCUGCAUAGAUGAAUGGUUUGAAGUAAAUAGAUCUUGCCCAGAGCAUCCAUCAGAUUAAGGGAAGAUUCGUGUUCUUAGCUGCUUCCACUGGUCAGAAAACAUAGGAGAUCUGAGGUUCCCUUGCUAAACACAGCGUGCCUGGCCUGAGAAUAACUGUUCUUUGUGGCUGAAAAAGGCAAAGAUGGACGUUGACAUGGAAAAAGCAUCGCGGACACCACUUACUUGCCAGUAGUGCUCAGUAUACCAAACACUCAUGCAAUGGACACACAGGGAUUUUGAAAAUGCUGCACAUUCUGUAACAAUCUACUCCCCCACAGACGCUAUUGACACUAUUUUAUAUUGAAGGCCAAAGUUCCUAAUUUCAGCCUAACUUCUGGUUCUGUGAAGAAGCGGGUUAUUGGACAUGUUUCCUACUGCUUCAAGUGGAAGCCGAGCCGUUUGAUCCGUGCUAUCUGAGACCCUUGCAGGAGGGUGGCCCCAUUUUCGAGUGGGAACGUUUCCACCUUCUCGUUGGCUGAAGAAGAGUAAAUGGCAAACUUUAGCGUAAUCUAACAGCGUGACCUUAUUUACUGAAUUCACACCCUAUUUUACGUUCUUCACUUUUACAAGAACAGAAAGCAUAAACUUCUCUGCACAGGAAUACUAUAUGUCAAAAUUUUCUAAUUAAACCUUUGUCACAAUGCAGUCCAAAGAGUAAAUCUGAGACAGGUAACUAAUUUAUAUUGAUCCAAGCUAUAGGGGUUGUCGAAAUCUGCGCACUGUAUUGCUAUUUAAGUAACUAAAACCUUCUCUUGUACUGCUUGUGAGGAAAAACAAACGAACACACAAAAAGAAAGCAGCAAAGCAAAAUCUUACAGCUAUGCAACUUUUUUUUAGUAGGACAACAAAAGGAGAACUACCAACUUUAAGUGCUGCCAGUGAAGGUAAUUUGUUUAACGGGUAUUUUUUUAGAAACGUGUCAGGUAAUUAUUUUAUCGUACUACUCUCAUCUCCAGGCUGCCUCCUGAGGUGGAAAUGAAGAACUGCAAAUGUGGGCACAGUAAGAGGGUUUUUUAUUAACGUGGGCGAGAUAACAUCGAGGUGGGAUUCGUGUUGCGUUUUUAAAACACGUAUGUGCAAGUUUUUUCUUUGUUUCCUCGUUUGAAUGUGUUUUGUUGUUGUUUUUUGUUUUCUGAUGGCAGGAUUUGUAGUACUUUGCAAUCUAAAUAAUUGGUCUCUUCAUGUGGAGGCUGACGUCUGA